AUGGCAGAGCUAAACUCAGUCAGAGUGCUUGAGGUUUGCAAUGUUGCUCCACAGCCAAGCUCACCUGCUGGCUCAGCCACACCUACUCCUGAGGCCCUUCCUCUAACCUUGUUUGAUUUGCCCUGGCUCAGAUUUGCACCCGUCCAACGCCUUUUCUUCUAUGAAAUCUCCAACUCCUUUGAAACCACCACACUCCUUUCAAAACUCAAAGCCUCGCUCUCCGUCACCCUCCAACGCUUCCGACCUCUAGCAGGAAACAUCACUUGGCCCCAACACUCCCCCAAACCCGUUCUCAAUUAUGUCCAAGGGGACGCCGUUUCGCUCACCAUUGCCGAGUCUCAUGCUACUUUCCACCAUCUUUCAAGUCGUAGCAACUUUGUUGAGGCCAAAGAGUACCAUCCUCUCGUACCCCAAUUGCCAAUAUCUCACGAAAAGGCCGCAGCCGUGGCGUUCCAAGUCACCGUCUUCCCCAACGGCAACGGCUUCUCCAUUGGAACAUCCAUGCACCAUGCCAUCCUAGACGGCAAGUCUUCAACCAUGUUUAUGAAAUCAUGGGCUCACAUUUGCAAACAUCUUGGUGAUGAUCCAUCUGGUUCAGCUCUACCAGAUCAGCUGAAACCAUUUUUUGACAGAAGGGUGGUCCAAGACCCGGCCGGGCUCGAACCAAUCUUCUUGAACCAGCUUCAGAAUCUGGACGGACCCAACAACAGGAGCUUGAUGGUUACCCAGUUUAAAUCUCCACCACCAGACGCGGUUCGUGGCAUCUUUGUAAUCACACGACCGGAAAUAGAAGCAAUGAAGCAAUGGGUUUCGACCAAAAUGGCAGAGAUGAUCAAGAAUGAAAAAUAA